UUCAUCUCCUUCUCUCUCUCUCUCUCUCUCCCUCUGCUGCGUGUGCAUGCUUCGAUGGCGACGAUGGCGUGCGACCACCACUCGCUGAUCUUCACGUACGGCACGCUGAAGCGGGGCUUCCCGAACCACCCGCUCAUGGAAGACCUCAUCCGCUCCCGCGACGCCGUCCCCCUCGGCCCGCGCGUCACCCGCCUCCCCCACCCCCUCGUCCUCGGCCCCUUCGGCAUCCCCUUCCUCGUCAACCUCCCCGGCCGGGGCCACCGCGUCCGGGGCGAGCUCUUCUCCGUCUCGCCCCGCGGCCUCUCCCGGGUCGACGAGCUGGAGGGCAUCGGGCGCGGCCACUACGAGCGGCUGCCGAUAGAGGUGGAGGGCGACGGCGGCCCGGCGGAGGCGGAGGCGUAUUUCGCGCACGCUAGCUUCGGGGAGGGGCUGUGGCGGAGGAGAGGGGAGGUGGGUUUGAGCGAGUACACGCGCGAGUGCGCGGGCGAGUACGUGAAGAGGUCGGAGAGGCCGAAAGGUUGGAGCUUUGUGGAGAGUGUGAGAGAGUUCGUGUCUUCUUCUCCUGAUUGAGGUCUGAUUGAGAACCAAUUUACAGGCGGAGACAUGGGCAUCAAUUGAGAAACUUAAGGCAGCCUACAUGUGAAAGGAACAAGAGCCUUCUAACUUAUUUGUCUUGCCCAAAAGAGAAGAUUGUGGCGAUUUAGCUGUUUCAGACUCUCCCUGAUUACAACUGAAGCUUCAUGCAAAGUAACAGAACAUAAAGACUUAACAAUUCUGCCAAUUCUUUUCUCUCUCUUUCAUAUGAAUUGCAUUCUGUUAGCUAAUUGGAAAAUGAUGAUGCAGUAAAGAUUCUUUGAACAUAUUGAGAUUGUGUUUAUCAUGAUAAUGCGCUUAACACAUCAUUUUCAAAACUUUUCUAUUCUCUUUUAGGUUGGGAUAUCGCCUCGCCCCCAACUAGCUAAUUCUCUCCCUAACCCCUCUAUUCUCUUCCUCCAAUUCCGCAGGCAAUAAUCAUACUCUAAGGCUCUCCGGUUUGUUUUGAUUCAAAUGCAUGCAUCUCUGGACUGAUUGCCCUGCUUCAUGACUUAAUGUAAGUAAACAGCUGAUAACAACAAUAUGUCUGUGGAUAGAGGUGAAGCUUGUAAAACCGAGAAGAUAAUAUCUAAGCUCCUGUUAGUUGACCUACAUGUUUGUUGUACUGAGAUUGGCUUUCUUGUCAAGUUAAAUUGUAUGGUCCCGUGUCCUUUGGUUCUUCUUCUUAGGAAUAUACUAGCACAGUUAUAAUAGCACAUUGACAAGAUUACCGACACAUCGAGGUAGUUACUACUACAAUCAGAUAGGUACUACUACCACCACUGCUAUGCUAUACCGUGUUUUCUGGCAAGGCCCAUAUAUUGGCCGUUUCGCCAAUUGCAAACGAUAAGUUUUAUGUGAAACUUAACUGGUGAUGCAGUACGAGGCGUUUGUGCCGUGUAUAAAGGUUGACACCCGCUACCAUAUGUGCUGGGCCAUUCGGUGUCCGUAAUUCCACUCUUUGGGACUCACUAAGUUGAAGGACGCUUUUGGUGGGGGCAUACCAUUGACCCUGUCCCUAUGUACUGUAUCGGGUCCAUGAGGGGACUACUGACACUUUUAUGUUUCUCAUCGAGGUACGAGAAGAACAAAACUUGAGAAGCUUGAAUCCACGAUUCUGCGAUCCUAGCCCACACCUGACGUAGUAACGCACCUUAGAUUGUACUGGCAAGUUCACUUUCUCAUGUCUGUCAGAUUAUGCGGUAAGACAAAAGGAGUACAGAGGCUAAGUGCAACUUCUCUAACGCCAAUCUGUCUCCGACCUGAACCAUGAACCUGUGGGUGUUCCAGAAAAUAUUCAGGCGUGGAUCGGAUGUAUCAUGAGAUUGAUCAAGCCAAUGGCUUCAGUCUACACGCGGCAAUUCGACUCUCAGGGUUUUCAUUCAUGGAACUACGAUGCAAUAGUAACUUUUACAUUUUUUGUUGGUAACCUACGGGCAUGACUAUAAUUAGCCAACUACAUGGAGGUAAACUAGCACAACCACCCUCCACCGUAGCCCCUCCCGCUCAAAUAUGAGUUCCUUGGGGUAGGAAUCAACUCCACAAUCAUCGAUGGCUGACCAGAAAACAUUGAAAAGCCCUUGCCAGUCAAAAAAAUGAUGUUUAAUGACUGUGAAUUGCGCAAAACCGGAUCGACUGAUACCAAAUAUGUAACUGCAAAAACUGGACGAGGCUUCAAAUCAGCUGUUCACUGCAGAGGAGAGAUCAGUAUGAGCAUGAAUUUUGUCGGGAACUAACGGAAAGGUGAGUAGUGUUUAAACUUCAGAAUGAGCAUAAAGGCAUUUACUUAAGGGAUUCUUUUUA